AUGAGUGCAUCGGCAGAAGGAGAUCCCCUAAUCCUACCGUCACGCCUUGGAGACAUAAUCACUUUUCCAACAGGUUCACCCCAGCCUGUCCUCACCGUGUCUCCACUCUGGCUGAGUCCUGGAGACUCUGUGACUCUGAACUGUGAGGUUAAACACCCAUCAGCAGGAUGGAGGUUCUACUGGUAUGAAGCUAUUCCCAAACUAUCUGACAACUCCUACAACUACCAGCUGCUAUCUGGAAGCAGAGAUGGAACUGAAAAGUAUUCCUUCAUUGUUCAUGGACAGACACACACAGCAGGAUAUGUGUGCAGAGCUGGAAGAGGAGAAAUGAACACUCCUUAUAGUGAACCAAAGUUUGUCUGGUCUGGAGAUUUGCCUUCAUCAGCAUCUCUCACAGUGAGUCCUGAAAGAGUGCAACACUUCACCUCUGAUUCUGUCUCACUGGAGUGUAAGGGGAACUCUACUCAGUGGAGAGUGAAGUUUCAAGAGGACAGCUUCCUGACAGAUUGCUCCCUGAGGGAUACAAUGACUGGAUCAACAUGCACAAUAGAGGAAUACAGAUUGAGAAAUAAUGUGUACUGGUGUGAGUCUGGAUCAGGGGAGUUCAGCAACGCUGUCAACAUCACUAAACAGAAGUCUGAAAUUAUCCUGGUGAGCCCUGUCCAUCCAGUGACUGAAGGAAGUUCAGUUAGUCUUAGCUGCAGAUUGAGAAGCUCAGAUAUUGUUUCCAAUGUGUUCUUCUAUCAGAAUAACAAACUCAUUCAAAAUGAUACCAGAAAGGAGCUUAAUAUCUCUGCUGUGUCAAAGUCUGAUGAGGGCUUCUACAAGUGUCAGACCUCAGGGAGAGAGUCGUCUCAGAGUUGGAUGUCAGUAACAGGUGAGUGGGAUAGUCAGGGAGAUACCCCGUGCCCUCUAAAGUAAUGUACAUACUUUCAUGCACUAAUGUUAAACAGACACUCUUGAAGUAACAUCAAGCCGGCUGA